AUGUCUAACAUCGCAUAUGAUUCCCCCGCGGCUCUCACUGCCACCUACGACUCACCUUCUGGUUCGAGACAUUUCCAGAACACGAUCUCAGCGCCAAAACACGAUGAGGACGGAUCACUCAGCGUCGAAGCCAAGAAGAAGUAUGUGUCCGAACUACGCGCGUCGAGCAAGAAACUACAGGAGGACAUCAACAAAUUCCUGACCGAAAAAAUGGAAGAAGAUAAGAAACAAAUUGGAAAAGACAGCGAGAACGGAACGCCAAAGGAGAGGUCGAAGGAUGAAUUAGAAGAAGAGAACUAUGGCGAAGAGAACGAGCAGGAUGAGACAUAA